AUGUGUAUUGCUGUAUCAGGAGGAGUCGAUAGCGUGGCAUUGUGUUAUUUAUUAAAUCGAUAUUGUGAAGAAAAUAAACAUAAACUUACAGCUUUCAUAAUAGAUCAUCAACUUCGUUCUAAUAGUACAGAGGAAGCAUCACAUGUUGCAGAAUUAUUAACAAAAUUAAGUAUAUAUCUAAGGAGAUUAGUUAAUAAUCAUUAG